AGCCGCUUUUUUUUUUUAAGGUGCUCAUAUGUUUUGAUAGAGACAUGCCCUUGAAUCCUCGUUGGUCCUGUCUUUGUGACCUGUGCUAUCAAGUUGUUUAGUUUACCGUCUUCAGAGUAUAUUAGGUAUGUAAAAUCUCUCAUUUUUAGCCAGCCAAGCUAACAGCCACGGUCAAAACCACAGCUUCAUCCCAGGUGAAGCACGACAAGCCGUUUUGUUUGGAGGUCAGCAAGAGCAACGCCACCAUGGGGUUUCUCCUGUCUAAGUCCAUGGAUGCAAACUUUAAAAAGCAGCAAGAGUUCAUGCUCCACAAUGCACGGCUGCAGAUGGAGCGUCAGAUCCUGAUGCAGAACCAGAUGAGGGAGAGACAGAUGGCUAUGCAGAUUGCGUGGUCCAGAGAGUUUCUCAAAUACUUCGGCACCUUCUACGCAGUGGCCACAGUGGGACUCACUUUGGGAGCUGUUAAAAGAAAGAAGCCGGCCCUGUUCGCUCCCAUCAUUCCUCUUGGUUUCGUAUUUGCCUACCAGAUGGACAGCGCCUAUGGGACACUCAUUUAUCGUAUGAGAGGGGAGGCUGAGAGUAUCAUGGCGUCUGAACAUGACCGUCUGGACUUGCCUCAUGGGACUCCAACCUUCGAUAGCAUAGAGAAGGCCCGCCGCGCUAAAAGCAGCCUCGCCUCCUUCUUGGAGAAGUGACGACUUGGUUGUUUGAGACUAAAUCAGAAUCGUCCGCUCAGCGCAUUCACCCACAAUGCUUUGGCAUAAUUAUGAGAAAAAUGUUAAAUAUACCAGUCGCCUUUUUAAAGUUAAUUGAGUCCGUGGUUUGCACUGAUUCUCUCUCAUGGACUUGAAAUUAACGUCAGUAUAAAUAAAAUAAUGGCAUUGCUGUUUUUGUGGUUAUUGUAAUUGUUAUUGGAGGAGCAUCAGCAUCCAAAUAAUGAAUUAGGUACUUAAUAAAACAGAUUAUCUGAUGCAGAAGAUCAGUCCAAAUACAAAAGUUAGUAAUACAGCACUGUAGUAUAUGAUGAAAUAAAUGUUAAAUGAAUAUUUUCUUCAGCUUCUGUAUCUUUAAACAUUUUAAUAUGAUUCCCUCAGACACCAUGGGACACUGAGACUGUCUCAAUAAGUUGUGUUAUUCUUGUUUAUCAUAUUCUUUUUCGUCUAAAGCAGCAUUUAGUCAUUUUUGUAAUUCUCUAGAAGGCAGAAAGACUCCAAAACACAAACACAGUAACAGAAGAGCUGAGGAGCUUUAUACCAAAGCUAUAGUUAGCAUUGGUGCACAUGUAACUUUUAUUUUUAUCAUCAUGGUUAUAUUAAAGGGUGCUGAUAUUUAUGCUUUAUAUAUUUAGAAUUUUUUAAACUCAUGUUUGACAUCAU